UCAGGCGGUUCAAAAUUUAGCUCAGCGUUAUCGUUAGUUAGUAGUUUUGGGGUUUUGUGUACGAGUCUGUCGGGAUGCCUGCUGAAACGAUGGGUAAAAAAUGGGACGUUAUAGAGGCUUUAAAAAAUUCACCAAAGGGAAAAGUCACUUUCGACCCGCACUGGUCGGACAGGGGCGAGCAUAUUAUGGCAGGUUGUAAAGAGGCCAUCAGCUUGUCCUCACGCUCUGGCAUCAUCUUGGAGCGAAUCGGCUCCUCGCCCCUGCAGAAGUCCUGCUUUCUGGGCUCCAUCUCCGGAGACUCCAGCCCUGGCUUGUCGGAGGAGAUCCCCGCCUCCCUUUCCUCCACAGGAUCUGUCCUUGACAUCAACACUAAGCACAUCACACUGUCCGCAGCCCUGUCUUUAAAGGCCGACCGUGAGCAGGCUGUUAGUGAUGAGGUGAAGGAUGAAGAUCCUGAGGCAGAUGUCAGUGAGGUUUCCAGUCCUGCGUCACCACCUGCCAUUUCCCUGCUGUCGCCCAAAGCCAUGGAGAUGGCCGGCUGCAUUCUCAAAGCUGAGGAGAAAUGUCGAGAAAAGGCAAAGGUGGCGUUCAGACAGCGGCAGGAGAUGCAGGAGAAGCAGCUGGCGGCGGUGGCGAGCGCCGAGUCGGAGCAGCUGAAACGCUUCGAGGAGCUCAUGGAGCUGAAGCAGAGACAGGAGUGCCAGAUCAUAAGGGACAUGAUGGACAGAGAAACCAAAGAGAGCAUCGGGCGCCAAGAGAAGCUGAAGGAAGAGCAGCGACACCGGAUGAAGAUCCUGAACCUGCGGCUGAGGGAGGCGGAGCAGCAGCGCCUGCGGGAGGCGGAGCUGGAGCGGCAGCGGCAGGCAGAGGGCAGGGAGCGGCUACGUAACCUCAACACCAUCCAGGAGGAGAUCCUGCAGCUCAACCAGCUGCUGGAGCCGUCCACCCAGACCAACACCCAUCUUCCACCGGCCGGCCUCAGCUCCUUCAGCACCCGCGGGAACCAGCUGUGCUCCCAGGUGUCGGAGGUGGUGAGAAAGACGGCAGAGGGAGAGUUCCCCAGCGUGGAGGACAUGACUGUGGCCGAGCGAGCCCUCCACGAGAUGAGGGCGCUGAUCCGGCUGAUGCAGGAGGAGGUCGCCAAGGUUCAAGAGAAGAAGAAGAAGGACCAGGAGGAGGAGGAGGUGCGCAGGAAGCAGGCGGAGCUGCAGGUGCAGCAGGAGGCGCAGAAGAAGGCGGCGCAGUCGGCCAAAGAGAAGGCGCAGAGGAAAGGGCUGCAGAACAGCGCUGAAGACGGCACGUUGAAGUGGCUGAAGGAGCUGCAGGAUUCAGCCGCUCAGUGCGCUCAGUCCUUCGAACAACUCAACUCCCCGAAAGACGCCCAGACGAAGAAGCUGAAGCUGGAGCUCCAGAAAGCCGCCACCAUCCCCGUCAGUCAGAUCGCCAGCAACUCCGGAUCGCAGCUCCGAGAAAUCUUCGACAAGAUCGACAAGCUGCUGUCGGGGCGGCCGGUGGUGUCGGGGGGGAAGUCCGUCUCCACCUCCCAGCAUCCUCAGGGCCUGGACUUUGUCUGCUACAAACUGGCCGAGAAGUUUGUGAAACAAGGAGAGGAGGAGGUGGCGUCUCACCACGAAGCCGCCUUCCCCAUCGCCGUGGUGGCCUCUGGUGUCUGGGAGCUGCACCCUCGGGUGGGAGACCUCAUCCUCGCCCACCUGCACAAGAAAUGUCCGUACGCGGUCCCGCAUUACCCCCCGAUGAAGGACGGCACACCCGUGGAGGAAUAUCAGAGGAUUCUUGGUUACCGCGUCGACGACUCCGGGGUGGAAGGUCAGGACAGUUUCCUGAAGAGGAUGUCUGGGAUGAUCCGUCUGUACGCCGCCAUGAUCCAGCUGCGGUGGCCGUACGGCUCCAAACAGGGGUCGGUUCCUCACGGUCUGAACCACGGCUGGCGCUGGUUGGCUCAGAUGCUCAACAUGGAGCCUCUGGCCGACAUCACAGCGACGCUGCUGUUCGACUUCCUGGAGGUUUGUGGAAACGCUCUGAUGAAACAGUAUCAGAGUCAGUUCUGGAAACUCAUCCUGCUUCUUAAAGAGGAGUACUUCCCCAGGAUUGAAGCAGUGACCAGCAGUGGACAGAUGGGCUCAGUCAUCAGACUCAAACAGUUUCUAGAGACGUCACUGCAGAGCCGACAGAUCAGUCCGCCCAAAGGUCAGCUCACCUCCAUGUUCUGGAGGUCGUGAGGGAGGAGGAGACGCGUUGGACGUUGCUGCACGACGCCGUGUUCAGGCCUGAAGACGGGAAGAGAGGGAUGAUGCUGAGGAAGCUCCUCUGAGGCGGGAGGGAGACUCGCUCUGUAGUCAGGAAGCUGCUGGGAAGAAACCCGCUCUGGUUUUAUGUCUCUGAGCUGAUCGGGCGGCAGCUGAUGGAUGACGACGCUCAGCUUCAUUUUUAGACUCUGAGACAUUUAUCAGCAGCUUUGGAAAAAGUUUUAAACUGCUAACAAGAUAUUUAUCCAUAGGAAGCACUUCUGGAAUAACACCGACAACGACAUCCGUCCUCCAAACAUCUGUUCAGAUGGAUUACUGGGUGUCCUUGUCCAGAUGUUUCUGUCGUGCACGGAUAAUUUUUCUGCUUCGUAAUUCGUGUGUGCAACGAAAAAGAGCCAAAUUUUCUUAAAUGAGAACAUGCAAUAAUGAUGCUGUCGUGGUGAGGUGUCAAGUUUUUCUGAAGUGCCUCCAGUGUUGAAGAUCAGAUUGUUCACAGCAGUUUGUUUCAGUUUUACUGUUAGUUUGUUGUUUCCUGUCAAGAGGGAAAAUCUUUUUAUUGUCAUGAAAUUUGGUCACUACAGGAUCAUCAGUCGCUGCUCAAAUCACAGUUGUGUCGAAUGAUUUGCUAUUUAUUUUUGUAUGAAUCCACCGUGUGGAACAGAGGUUUGUGGUUUGACGAGCUGUCGUUUAGUCAUCGUGAAUGAAGUUACCCGAAAAUUAAAAACACUGGUGGUGACGUUACAAAACUACGAGUUCUUCAGAGUUUUCAGUAUUUUUCCUCAAAUUGAAGCGGGAACCUGAAGACGAGUCUGAGCUUUAACAUGAAAUUCAUUGUGAUUAGUUUUGUUCCGACUAAUGUUGAAUAAACAGAUGGAAUAGAUCCCAGGAUGAUUGUAAUCUCUGUAAAAAUCCAUCAAUGAAGCAGAUGUCUGAAAUAAAACCUCAUCAACAGUU